ACCUUCCCACCUGGGGCCAGGAGGACCCUCUGCUCACGCCCAGCUCCUCGUGGAGGCAGUUUAGCCCUCACGCCUCACACCUCACCCUCUCUGCCUUUCCUUCUGCCCUGAGCUCUGCUCAGGGCCUGACUCCUGGCUUCGCAGCAGCCAAGGGCCGAGAACCCUCUUUCAUGGCCAGCCCUGGGAAGCCUGGGGCUGGAGAGGCCCAGGAGGAGGAAGGGGAGCAAGAGGGGGGCUCCGUGGGGCCACGGGCAGCCAUGCUGGCGCAGGCCCAGGAACUGUUUCUGCUGUGUGACAAGGAGGCCAAGGGUUUCAUCACCCGGCACGACCUGCAGGCCUUGCAGAGCGACCUGCGCCUCACGCCGGAGCAGCUGGAGGCUGUGUUUGAAAGUCUAGACCAGGCCCGCACAGGCUUCCUUACUGCCCGAGAGUUCUGCCUCGGCCUGGGGAAGUUUGUGGGAGUGGAGUUGGCCCAGGGCGCACUGCCCUCCAGGGCUUCUGAGGAGACCUUUGAGUCAGGCUGGUCAGAGGUGCAAGGCAUGGGGGCCUUCCUGGAGGAAGAGGAGGAGGAGGAGGAGGAGCGGUUUUUCGCAGCGCUGGAGCAGCUGGGCGUGGCCCCGGUCCUGGGCGAGCAGCGGGUGGUGCGGACGCUCUGGACCCGGCUGCAGCGCGAGCGGCCGGAGCUGCUGGGCUUCUUCGAGGACGUUCUGAUGCGUGCGUCGGCCUGCCUGGAGGAGGCGGCCCGAGAGCGGGACGGCCUAGAGCAGGCGUUGCGGCGGCGGGAGAGCGAGCACGAGCGAGAGGUGCGGUGUCUGUACGAGGAGACAGAACAGCAGCUCCGCGAGCAGCGCCAGCGCCUGCAGAGUCAGGACCUCCCCCGGGAGGAGUGGAGAGGCUGUCUGGAGCUGGAGCUGCAGAGCCGCGAGCAGGAGCUAGAACGCGCGAGCCUGCGGCAGCGGGAGUUGGAACAGCAGCUGCAGGCCCGGGCCACGGAGCAGCUGGAGGCGCAGGCGCAGAACGCCCAGCUGUGGCUGGCCAACGAGGCGCUGCGGACGCAGCUGGAGGGGACGCAGGAGCAGCUCCGCAGACUGGAGGGUGACGUGCACGGCCGCCAGGAGCAAACCCAACGAGACGUGGUUGCUGUCUCAAGGAACAUGCAGAAGGAGAAGCUCAGCCUCCUGCGGCAGUUGGAGCUCCUUAGGUUCGUUCAGCUGGUCGCUGGAGGGAAGGGGCUCAGCGCAGCUUGGAGCUCCCAGCUCCCAUACACUCCUGACCACCACCCAGCCCACUGCAAGGAAGCCCUUCCUUGCACCUGCCCUCCAUCCCUCGAGCUGCAGUCCCAGCCAGACACCUGUCUUCUGGUCCAAGGGAGACUUAGAGCCUACACUCCCCACCCCAGAAUGCUGGGGCCUCUCAGAGUCCUUGGACGCCCUUUCCUCAGGGAGCUGAACAAGCGGCUACGAGAUGAGAGGGACGCCUGUGAGGCCAAGCGGCUGGGCAGUGGCCGCAGGAAGGCUCUGGCCACGGCCCUCCUGCAGGGGCCCACCUGCUGCUGCUGCUGCUGCUACGCCUGGGCUCGCCCACCCAGACACGGCUCGGGCCACCUUCCCAGUGCCCACUGACCAGCCCCAAGUGACUCACUGGGCGUUACUGGAGAAGCUACUCCUGAAGGUGACUCAUCAUGGCUGGGGCUGCCCACCCAGAAAGUGGGCUCUACCCAUUGGGCUGCCCAGCCCGCCUACUACAGACGUGAAGGGACUAAGCUGAGGGGGGUCAGGGGCUCUCGUGCCCCCCUUCCUGUCCCCAUCCCAUCAAACCCGUCUUUGUCCGACAGAAAAAAGCCCUCUCCAAAUAAAACCCAGACUGCACUGCAGCCCUCUGGGCCUCCUGUGUGGGCAAGCCACAUGCUUCCAGUGUCCAGGGCACAUGCGUGGCAUGUGUGUGUGGCACAUGUCCACAGCCCUGCCGUGCUGGGACUGCAGCUGCAGGUCUCUGUUUAUUCCUG